AUGGCCUCCACAACACUCAAACUCUCCACACUCCUCACCAUCAUAACCUCACUCACCACCAUCAACCUCCAACUCUCCACCGCCGGCGACCCCGACAUCCUCUCCGACUUCAUCCUCCCACCAGGCGUAGCCAACCCACCAGACGCCUCAUUCUUCACCUUCACCGCAUUCCGCUCCACCUCCUUCCGCGCCCUCCUCCAACCCUCCAACCUCACCACCUUCACCGCCAUCAAGGCCACCAUGGCCGAGUUCCCCGCCCUCAACGGCCAGAGCGUCUCCUUAGCCGCCCUCCGCUUCCCCUCAGCCACCGCCAACCCUCCCCACACCCACCCACGCGCCGCCGAGCUCCUGUUCCUCGUCUCGGGCGCCCUCGAGGUCGGAGUCGUCGACACGACGAACAAGCUGUUCACAAGGACGCUUCGGGCCGGGGACAUGUUCGUUUUCCCCAAGGGGCUGGUUCACUUUCAGUAUAAUGCGUGGGAGGAGGCGGCGCUAGGGUUUUCGGCGUUCGGGAGUGCGAAUGCCGGGCUAGUGUCGCUGCCGGCGACGCUGUUUGGGACGGAGAUUGAUGAUGAGGUUCUGGCGAAGGGAUUCAAGACGGAUGUUGACACCGUGAGGGGUCUCAAGGCUGGCCUUGCCACCAAGCAUUAG